CGUCUCGCUCUACUCUCAGGGGCGCAUCUGCUCGAUAGAUCCGUUAAAAAUUCGCUCGCACACGAGCCACGCGCCCGCGAGAAUUCGCCAUAAAAACUUCGCGAGAAAACGCAGCUCGCCCGAAAAGAACCAAAAUUAAACGCGACGCUCGUCAGCCGCAGUGAGUUACAAGUCGCCACGAGAUUCGUAUAGCUUAAAAAUACGUCUAUUACGCAAAUCAUCCGUACUGUGCUCCCCGAAACUCAGUGUUUGGGAUUUUCGUGCGUGUAUAUUUUACAUACGCGCACAGAGAGAUCCAUCAGGAUCAUAAUACAUUAUAACCAGCUUUCACGUGUCGCUCUGUGUAUACCCAGUGUGACCGAUUGACCGUGAGUGCAGGUAUUUCGCCGCUUAGUGCAGCAAGAUAAGUAAGGAGAAAAAAAGUAAUCGAGGUGAUUUUCAAAAAGUUGUGGUGCCGUGAGAGUGUUGCAUCGCAGAAGAAGAGUCGGAGCAGCCGUAUCCUGCAACAGUCUAUUUUCGACCGGAGGCACGCCAAACGAAACAUCGAAUACGACUUGUCGUCGUUCUCGCCUCUCCUCUCGCAAUCUUUUCUUCCCUGUGCACGGAGACGGCGAUUAACCGCCACCCAAGCAAAAUGACAACUUUACCCGAAGCUUUGCCGGAAAAGCUAGUCGAACGAAAAAGCGCCAGCGAAUCGCUGCCGUCGUCGCAAACCACAACAGCACCGUCGAGCGGACCCAACAGUCUUGUCCCGGAGACUCUGUCGUCGGCGUCGUCCUUCCAGAGCCUCGACAGCAAGAGCAGCAGCGGCAUCUGCGCCGACUCGGCGCCCGGCAGUCCCGAGAAGACGAUCGACAACAAUAAGCAACCGUCGCCUCGUCGGCCCCUCACCAACUUCGAUCAGUCGUACAUAAACGUCAACGACAUACCCGAUAUCGACGAUCUCAUCUCGGGCUGCGCCAAUAUCAAACUUGACUCGGCGAACGGCCACAAGGACUACAACGACGAGGACGAGAACGCCGACUCGCUCCAGAAUAGCAGCGGCGAUUUGAGUCCCGAUCAGACCUUCGCGUCGGCCGCCGACGACACCGUGCACGAGUUGACCCAAGUCAAUGGCAUACAGCAGCAAGACGAGGAGAACGUAACGAACUUCAAGACUUGUCUGAAUAAUUUUGAGCCAUCGACUCAAACGGACGAAGGAGUGUUCAAGGUACCUCUGCCGGUUCAGGAAGACACUUCUUCUCUUCGGAAGACAGUAAAGUUUGACCCGGACGACGACGCUUUUAAAAGCGCCAACAGCUCCUUCCACUCUCACGCGUCACCUAAACGACAGCAAUUCGUUAAAACCGAUGGUUUUUUGCCCUCGAAUUCCAGCCCUGAAAAUAUCAUUUCUGAUUCGAGUAACUCAGAACUUAGCUCGGAAACAUUCAACGAUACGGUCCUUGUGAGCCCAUUGCACGCGCAUCGCAAGGCUUCCAAAGUAUCUAAUUUCACAAUUAACAAAACUUCGCAGAUAGCUCCUGCAGCUACUGAAUACUUAAGCGCAGCAUCAGAUUUGAACUCGUAUCAGACAGCUCAAAACGGUAGUUUUCACGCAGCUUUGAACCCAAAUGAAGAUAUAAAAGAUAAUCUUGAUGCAUCUGGCGUAAAAGAAUCUGAAUUCAUUGAUAAAGAAGUAUUGAACUUUGAUCAUUCGAGAAUUCUCGAUGACGAGGAGGAAGAGGUAGCUGAAAAUCAAAACACAACAAAAGAUAUUGUCAUCAACAAAACCUUAGAUAAUAUCGACGACAAAAAUAAUCUCAACGUAACUAAAGAACUUGUUCAAAAAGAAAAUGAUCUUAACUUAACUCAAGAUCUUGUACAAAAAGAAAACUCAAAUUAUGAAACUGUAUUGGUUGAUUCAAACUAUUUGAGCGAGAGUGAUAUUUAUGAAGAUAAAACAGGGUAUCUUUUAUGCAACAAUCAAGAGGAUUCUUCAAAAGGCAAUGCUUCUUAUAUAAAAGAAGAGUUGGCUGACGCAGAAAAUGUCAAAGGAGUAAUUCCUUCAUUGAAUACACCGACUAAAAUUGUUUCGCCCAGUAACAACAAAAUUCUUCACACUCCUGUGCCUGGUAAUGAUCUGAUUUCAGCAGAUGUUCCUAGCAUUAAUGUUAUAGCCUCUACUUCUUUACCUAUCAAAAGUGAAGUUGAUACCCAGCCUAUUCAUAGUCCAAAAAUUGUAAAUACACAAUUAAAUAAAUCUGAAGAAUUCUCGCCCCCACCGGACCCAGCUUCUCUCACAUUUGUACAAACGAAAACUAACGUUGAAAAAGAGGGUGAAAAUUUCGAUAAGACAAUCGAAAGAUCUGUUGCUAAUAAAGACUUUGAAGCAACUCAAAUUUUACCAGAAAAACCUACUAAUACUUUACCGGAGCCUGAACAAGAACAAGAAUACGAAGCUUUUAAACCACAGGUACAAAGUACAACUUUACAAUUCACAAACCCGUGCGAGAUUGAUCCUGUUAAACCAAGUGCGCUUAAUUUUCCUAAAAAUUUUGAAGCUAUUGAAGAGACUGAACAUUUCGUUUCUGCAACUACUGAUAUAUUUAGCGAUCCAUCACAGUUUGAUUUCUUAAAUAAGGUAGGAUCUACUACAUCAACUCGUGGAGAAAGAUAUGACUCAUUGUAUUUGAAGUUUGACCCAUUAUUGUCAAAAAGAUUAAGCAUGUUACCUCAAAAAAAUGCAGUGGACUCAACUGCUGUUAAUGAAGAUGUUAAAAGUGAGACGAAACAAAGUGUACCGGCACCUGAUAUAGGUUGUACACCAACAAAAGCGCUAGCAGCGAUUGACAGACUACUUUUUUACAGUCCUUCGCCUCCCACUACUAAUAGCGAGGCACCAAAAGAUAUAAAGAAGGAAGAACCCGAAAAACCUGAAACACAAACUGUGCCUGUUGUAGAUGAAAAAAUGGCUAAAGAAUUAGAAUUAGUGAGAAAUACGGUAAUUCAGCUUGAAGAAGAACUGGGAAAGUUGAAACGGGAACAUAAUCAAGAUUUAGAGAAACAGAAAAAACUAUAUGAGGAACAAGUAAAUGCAUUAGAAAAUAAAUUUGGUCAAAUGCAGUCUCAACUUUCGCAGGAAGUUAAAAGCAAAGAUCAAAUGACAGUGAUAGCAGAAGAAUAUGAAAAAUCUAUUAGUCGAUUGGUAGCCGAAAGAGAAAAAGACAAAGCAACGUGGGAGUUGGAAAAAGCAAGACUUACCGAAGAAUUGCAAGCGGCUCAGCAACAUUUAAUGAAUACAGAAGCUGCUUUUAACGAUGUUCACACUAAAUACGAACGACUCAAAAGUGUUGUUUCGGCAUACAAAAGUAACGAAGCAGUUCUUAAAGAAAGCAUUGCUGAAAAUCAAGAAACUAUCAAAACUUUGGAAGAUAGAUACGAACAACUCAAAAGUCAUGCAGUGGCGCAGCUCGACAAAGCAAACAUGGAACUGGCAAGUAUAAAAGCAAAAAAUGAUGCUGAUUUAAUGAAACUCAAAGCCUUAGUCAGAAAGGCUGAACUGAAGAGUAAAUCUCUAGAAGAAACUGUUGAGCAGAAAUCGAAAGAGAAUAAAGAGUUAACGCAAAUAAUCGACGAGAUGAUUGCAAGGGUCGAUUAAACAUUAUUUUUGUACUGAAUAUGAUUUAUUUAUAAUUUUAAUAAGCGUCAUGUAAUGAUAAAAUAUUUAUAAUGUGCAUAAUUGUUUUUAAGAAGAAAAAGACGUCUUAGUUUGAAAUAAGCCUCUUUAAUAAUUAUUUAUAAGUUGUAAAAUAUAAUAUUUUAUCGCAAUAAAACAAAGCUCGGGCUUGUCCAAACUAUA